AUGGCCGAUCUCUCCUACGACCACCCAACAGCCGUCUACGCGCUGGCUCCCUGCCGCAACGCGGACGCGACAGACCUCAUUGCCGUCGGCGGCGAGCACUCGGUUGACGUCCUACAAGUCACAGACGCAGCGUGUCUCCCCCUCGCGUCCUUCCACGUUGGGUCGCGCAUAACCGCCCUCGCAUGGUCGUCUCGCUCCGUCUCGCCAUCUGCAGGCGACAAAUGGGUCAUCGAACUCGCCUGCGCUGGUGCUGACUUUGGCCUCCAUCUCCUCACCAAGUCCUCGAGUGCCUCCGAGUACAUCUUCUCCUUCGGCGGUGGGCUCAGCGGCCACCAUGGCAAGGUCAACGAUAUGGUCUUCUGUGGCGGUUGGGACGAGGACAGCGCGCGCUACGUCGCGACUGUGUCAAACGACAAAAUGCUCAUGGUCUGGGACCUCUACCCCUCCAUCGACAUCCCCUCCACCUUCCCUUCUCCCAGCCCUACUCCCGACUACGCCAUGACCCCCGAGGAGAACGCCCGGCCCCAGCCAACCGCCUACGUGAUCCCUUUUCCCCACCCGCUCACCUCCAUCCGCGCCCACCCCGCCACUAGCAAGGAGUUCCUCGUCUCUGAUUGCCACGGCUCCCUCUUCCUCACCGACUGGCGCACCGAUCCCGAAGACGGCGACGAUGCGCUGCGCCACUCGAGUGUCAUCGAGCUCGUGGAACCAUCCGCCCUGGCCGCAGCGUGCAUGGGCUCGACGAAACAGUGGGCUGCGUCGGUCGAUUGGAGGGUCGACGCUAUUGAUAUAAUUGGAGGUGUAUAUGGGGCCAAGUUCGCUCUGUGGGACAUCUCCAAGCUGCGAGGAGGAACGCCGACAGUCACAGGAAACACCUUCCCUGAAGGCGGCCAGAUCUUCCGCUGGUGUCCAACCUACCCAGAACACUUUGCUAUCUCAACCCAAUCUCCUACCAAAGGCGCCAUUAUUCACGUCCACAACUGCAACUUCGUGCAUGCAGCCCCAACGCCCUUCGUCGUCCGCCCCAGACCGCACUUCAUCCGCGCCUUCGACUUCCUCUCCAUGAGUGGGAUCCCACGUAUCGCCGCCGCAAUUGGACGCUCAGUCAUUGUGUUUUCUAUUGGUGUGGAUACAUGA